GAUACUUCUAAAAAUUAACCCAAAAUACUUCUCUAAGAAUGGAUUUAUUUAUUUGACUGAAAGAUCUAGAGAUAGAGAAUUUACAGUUAAAAAGCAUUCAUUUUAUAUUUAUUGCACUGUAUGUGACACUUUGGUAUUUAUCUGUAAAAAUACUAUUGAAUAUGCUAAUCAUUAUCUGAAUGAAUAUAUUGCUAAAACAGCUAAAAGGCGUUUGACAUAUUCUAAUCCUGUUCAGAAAAAAGGAGGAAGAAGUGUAUCAUUACUUAGUUCUAAUAAG